GUUGAUGAAUUCAUUUUGCUAGGCUUCUCUGUAGUCUGGCAGUUGGAGAUCUUCUUCUUUGCAUUGCUUCUUGUUGUCUACAUGCUUACUGUCACUGGAAAUGUGGUCAUCAUUACUGCAACCUGGAUUGACCAUCGGCUCCACAAUCCCAUGUAUUUCUUUCUUUGCAACCUUUCCUUCCUGGAUGCCAUGGUGGCCACAGCCAUUGCUCCCAAGAUGAUGAAGGAUUUCUUAUCCAAGAAGAAGACCAUCUCUGUGUCUGGCUGCAUAUCUCAGUGUUACUUCUACUUCUUCUUUGGUACCACUGAAUUCAUCCUCUUGGCUGUCAUGUCCCUGGACCGAUAUGUUGCAAUCUGCAACCCACUUCGCUAUUCCACCAUUAUGAAUGUACGUUUGACAAUCAAGUUACUGCUUGUGUCUUGGGUUGGGGGAUUCCUUUCUGUCCUUUCUCCUAUCAUCAUCAUCUCUAUGCUGCCUUUCUGUGGUCCAAACAUCAUUGACCACUUCUUCUGUGACAUUGAACCACUUAUCAGGCUCUCUUGUGCUGACACUACUGUUCUGGAGAUGAUAGAGUUUUAUCUUUCUACUAUUGUACUAUUGAGCUCUCUCAUGCUGACAGUGGUCUCCUAUGUCUAUAUCAUUACCACCAUUCUCCGCAUUUCAUCCAGCACAGGGCGGAAGAAGACCUUCUCCACUUGUGCCUCCCAUAUUACUGUGGCCUCUGUCUUCUACGGAAGUGCCAUUUUCAUGUACAUAGUUCCCAACAAAGGCAUUUCCUUUGGCCUCAAAAAAGCAGUGACCCUCCAGACCUGUAUUGUCACACACUUGCUGAAUCCAUUCAUUUAUACCUUAAGGAAUCAGCAAGUCAAAGAGGUGAUAAAGGAUGCUGUAUCUCGAUUCUCCACCACCAAGAAGAGUCUGAAGAAAAAUUCUGGUUAA